AUGGAGUACUCAUCAUCUUCAGUUUCUGGCUGCUUCCUGAGUGCUCAUAAGCAUGUAAGAGUGAAGAACUCGUUGGGUGCAGGAAACAUAUUGCAUUUGCGGUGUCGAUCAAAGGACGAUAAUUUCAGAGAGAAGACACUUAAUUACAAUCAGGAAUUCACAUGGGACUUCUGUGAUUCUGUUUUUACAGCUAACACUCUCUACUAUUGUGAUUUCCAGUAUGAGAGGAAGGCGACUCAUGCAGACGUUUAUUAUGCAGCAAGAGAUAGUUGUAGGGACUGCAUGGCUCUUGUAAAACCUGAUGGAGUUCACGUUGUAGACAAAUAUAAUACCAAGGACGACAAACUGGUUUCAAGAUGGCAUUGA